CAGCUGCAGCACAGAUCCUGGCUUUGCUUCACAGCUCGAUUAGCCUGCUCCGCUCUACACAACCGCUCCACGAUCAGAGACACGCCGAGACUCACACACACACACACACACACACACACACACACACACACACACUUACAGUAUCAUCACACAGCGACACACACACACACACACACAUCUCCUGGAGCUCCUGCGGAACCAGAGGAGGAGAAAAGAGGGUGGAAGAAUUUGGCCUCGAGUCCUGCAGCCGCCUUCCAACUGCUGGGAUGAGGUGGUGGCUGGUGGUGGCCAGUUUGUGGCUUCUGGUGGCCCUGACCAUCCCCGACACCCAGGCCAGGAACAGACCUCAGGACAAGGAUGCUGAGACCCGCCGGGGGAAGAGGAAGAGGGACGGACAUGGCCAUGGACAGGCUAGAGCGGGGCGCUCUAGACCUCUGAAGAUCAGACUGGUCCCUGGUCCCGGUGUCCCAGUGGCACCAAGAAACAACCAAGGAAACACUGUGAUCCUGAAGUCCUACAAGAACCUUCAAGAACAGCACUCCAGCUACAACGUCAUUCCAGGUAAGCAGGGCCAGUGUGUGUACCAGGGCCUGACCUUGUUCGACCAGGCCGUCUGGUCUCCAAAGCCCUGUGUGACGUGUUUGUGCGCCGGCGGGCGGGUGGUUUGUGACGAGAUCACCUGUCCCACAAUGCACUGCCACUUCCCCUUCACGCCCGCUGGGGAGUGUUGCCCCGUCUGCAUGGAGCCAGAACCCGACCUCAGCCUUGACCUUUCUGGUGACUCCCCAGUUCCCAGUGACCCCAGCGAGCCCGUGACCCCGCUGACCCAGCAGGAGAUCCAGCGAAUUCUCUGGCGAGAGGAGGAGGAGCACCGCGAGGAGGAGGAGCGCCUGAAGAAGAAGGACGAGGCCAGGAAGAAGAGGAGGAAGCAGAGGAAGGAGCAGGAAGAGAGACAGAGAAAGAUAGUGGAGGACAAGAGGCGACAGGAAGAGGAGGCCCUGAGGUUGCAGGUGGAGAAGGAGGAGGAGCAGUGGAGGAGGCAGAUGGAGGAGAGGAGGCAGGAGGAGGAAGACAGGAGGCAGAAGGAAGCGGCGGAGAGAGAAGCAAGGGAGAAGGAAAGGAAACGAGAGGAGGAAAGGAGGAGGCAGGAGGAGAAGCUGAGGGAGGAACUAUUGGCUCUGGUGGAGGAGGAGGAAGAGGAGCGGCAGGAGGAGGAUGAGGAAGAGGUGUGGCUGAGAGGAGACGUGUUUCAGAUGCCCCCGAAAGAACCUGAAGAACCUGAAGAACCAGAAGAACCAGAAGAACCAGAAGAACCAGAAGAACCAGACCUCCUCCCCGCUCCAAUCCCAAGACCUCCUGCUGCGACGGAGGACGAGCUGAGAGAAGUGGAGGAGGCAGAGGAGAUGGAGGAGGAGAGGGAGGAGUUGGUGGCGAACAGAGGAGGCCUCCCUCCAGGGUGUGACUUAUCUGACGUCACUGUGACAUGUGAGAACGCCAAACUCAUCCACUUCCCUCCUCUGUCCAUCCCUGAACUCAAAUCUCUGAGUCUGGAGGGUAACAACAUCAGCACCAUCCCAGCAGGAGCCUUCAACGGCAUCCCCAACCUGGAAUGGAUCAACCUGAAGAAAAACAAACUCACCUCUGCGGGGAUUGAUUCUAAAGCCUUCAAAGGUCUGAAGAUGCUGAGGCGUCUGUACCUGGAUGGGAACCUUCUGGACGUUGUGCCCUCUGACCUCCCCCCAACCCUGCAGGAGCUGAAGAUCAGUGAGAACCGACUGAGAGGGGUCGAUGGAAACAGCUUCCAAGAUCUGAACAGCCUGGUGAUUCUGGAGCUGGAAGGAAACGUGUUGAGUGAGGGGAAUGUAGAUCCUCUGGCCUUCGCUCCACUCGUCCAGCUCUCCUACCUCCGACUGGGCAGAAACCACUUCCGCACUAUACCACAGGGCCUCCCCCCGACACUGCUGGAGCUGUACUUGGAGAACAACCUGAUUGAGGAAAUCUCAGAGACAGUUUUCAAUCAGACCAGGAGUCUGAAUGUGAUUUCUCUGAGACACAACAGGCUGGAUGAGACCAGGAUCGCCCCGAUGGCCUGGAUCAGCCACAGAAAUCUCGAGUCCAUCGACCUUUCACAUAAUCACCUUUACCUGGUUCCUUCCUACCUGCCCACAUCGCUGGUCCAUCUAGUGCUGGUGGGAAACAACAUAGAGAGGAUCCCUGGUUUCGUCUUUGCCCACAUGGACCCUGGUCUGGAGUACCUCUACCUCUCCUACAACAAACUGGACGGAGAGGCGAUCGAACCUGAGUCGUUCUUCGGCUCAUUCAACUCCAUGGUGGAACUGUGUCUGGAUAACAACCAGCUGCUCACUGUGCCGUCUGGCAUCAACGAAAUGACCAACUUACACUUUCUCAGACUCAACAAUAACAGGAUCAGGAGUAUCCCAGACGAAGGCAUCUGUGACCCGAACCACAGCGGAGACUCCACCCUGGUGGCCGUGAGGCUGGAAAACAACCACAUCGACCCACAGAAGGUCUCGCCGACGGCCUUCUCCUGCGUACGCUCCUCCUCAAGUGUGGUCUUAAGACCUCAGAAAAGCGACCCAGUGAGCCGACGCAAAACCUAAGAAACUAAAAAAGACAUUUGUCUGUGUCCCCUGAAACACAAGGGGGUAAGAUAUUGAAUUUUAAUGUGCUGAAGGAAGUCAAAGCUUUAAGAUAAAUAUCUUUUCUCUCUUAAGCUUCCACUGAUGCUGCAUGUUACUGAAAUAACACUCAAAAUAAUUUGAGAAUUCCUCUCUCAAAGCCUCUCACAUUAUACUCAAGACGUACAGAUUGAACAUGUAAAAUAUGCAUCUUACAUGUCCAAACCCUGCUGAUGUAGUCUGCCUCACGGCAAUCUAUUGUCCUGUCAUAUUCUGGGACUGAACCGUUACAAGCUGCAUAAAAGAAAGAUUUUCUUCUCCUCUUGCUCUCGAACGCUUUUUUCAAGGUCUGGUGAGUUUGUCACCUGUACCAGCUUAAACGAACGAAUGUGACAGAACAAUGUUCAGGCUUCAGAGACAUCCAACUCCUUCGGUCAAAUGUUAAACUCUCUCAAAUGGAAAGAAUUCCUGCGCCAUACACAGCAAAAAUGAAAAUGCUAAUAAAGAAAUGGAAAGAAUUCCACGAAGUGAUA